AUGGAGCCGGGCGGCAUUAGCAUGCGGUCAUUCGGUGAGCCAUUAUCCGCGAAUCGUCUUCGGCAUUCGGAUCGAAAUGCUGAACUGUUGCUGCGGAGGCCAUUAAUGGCACCAUCAACGUCUUCGGAAGGAAUGAAUGGUGAUGUGAUGCAGGGCACGCCCACCUCAACGCCGAAUCCCGGUCGUUACGUAUAUUCCCACAGAUUCGAAGAAACGCCAAGUGAAGCAUAUCCGCCGCCACCAGUGGAAUAUCGUGAAGUUCUUAAUGAGCAUACAGGAGUUGUCGAAAGCGCGUCAAUCAUACAGCCGUGUUCUUCUCGUGAGCAGGACGAUACGGACAUUGAAGAGGAAAUUGUGAACACGUUUAGCAAGAAAUCCUUUAUUGUUCCCAGUAAGAGUCAAGUGUUGUUCUACUUAUCGACUUCACGACAUCUUCGAAUACAUCAUACGGGAUGUGAGCUACAGGUAACGGACUCGGCUGAUUUCCCACUGUUCGACAUCUGGGCUGAAGCAGCAUGUUGUGGACGUCCCGUAUGGGUUAUAGAGUCAUAUGGACGCCGUGUGCUUGUAUUGUCAGAACUGCAAAGUCGCGGUAUAUCGUCGCUUUUUCCGCGACCAUUUCUAUUUCGGAGCUCUACUUCUCUAAAUACGCAGAGUGUAGUCGAUUGGAAUGGAGAUAUUAUCGGGUAUUUCUUGCCAGGUGACCCACUCCUUAUACAAGAUAGUAAUCGUGGUAUUCUUGGACGAUGUGUACGAAUGGAGGGAGAGGGCGGAUCAUGCUGGCAAUGCUUAGUGGAAGGUGUGGAUCGUGAAGUGGCACGAUUAGAAAGAGGUCAUCUACGAUUCGCCGCUGAUGUAUCAUUUCAGUUGAAACUUCUCAUCUUAGCCGCUAUGACAAGAGUUGUAGGACAACCACGUGUGCAAGCGAAUUGUUUCCCCUUUUUGAGUUUUUAG